AUGUCCGCUGUGAAUGUGGCCGCCAUCGGCUGCAUUUUGCAAACCGCGAUUCUUUGCAAACUGUAUCCCUCUCAAUCGACGGUGGCAAUUUUUGCCUCAUCUGCAGUUCUUAGUAGUUUCAUUCUUCUCAGUUGGGAGCUGUAUCUAUGGCCUAUCUGGUUCAGUCCUCUGCGCAACUUGCCUGAGCCACCGGGCGGACACCCACUCCACGGUCAUGUGAAGCUCGUCCCGAAUGAGCGAUCCGGAAUGCCUUUGCAAGAAUGGAUCAAUGAGGUACCCAACAAUGGGCUUAUUCGAUAUCGCAUGCGGUUUAACAAGGAGGAGGUCCUUGUGGUCAGCCCGAAGGGGCUGUCUGAGGUGUUGGUUCAGAAAAGUUAUGAGUUCGCUAAGCCGUAUAGACUGCGAAAGGGAUUAGGCAGAAUUCUCGGUGUUGGCUUGAUUAUUGCUGAGGGAGAGGAACACAAGAGACAACGCAAGCUCCUAAUGCCUGCCUUUUCCCACCGACACAUCAAAGACCUCUACCCCAUCUUCUGGGACAAGUCAGUCGCACUUGCCCUCGAAAUUGAAGCGAACAUCAAGCAAACCACGGACCAAUCAAGCGAAGUCUUCGACGUGGCGGACCGGCUGGCACGAGCUACCCUGGAUAUUCUUGGCGCCGCUGGGCUUGGGGAAGAAUUUGACACGCUUCAUAACCCGGACAAUGAGAUAUGUCGAGCCUAUCGGAAUGUUUUCGAACAGGCACCCCCUAAAGGCGUUGUAGCCAUUGGGCUAUACCUGUUGCGCAAGGCUAUUACCGGAGCGUUGAAUCUGGAGCAAAAUGACAGCAUCUCUGUAGCUACUAAGACCCUGACUGGCGUAGCACGUCAAUUGAUUGGCCGGAAGAGAGAUAUCAGCAUUGAAAAACCGGAAGGUGAUGGCAAAGAUAUAAUCUCUGUUGCGCUAGCGUCGGGGGCCUUCACGGAUUCAAUGCUGGAGAACCACCUCUUGACCUUCCUGGCAGCUGGACACGAAACCACGGCGACGUCAAUGACCUGGGCUUUAUACGCAUUAUGCUUAUAUCCGGACAUCCAAGAGCGACUGCGCGAGGAGGUGCGCUCAAAACUGCCGCGCAUUUUGAAUGAUGGCCCCGUGGUGCCUAUGACGGCCGACUUGUUGGAUAGCCUGCCAUAUCUGCAUGCUGUGUGCAACGAGGUCUUCCGUGUUUAUCCCCCAGCCGGGAUGACUAGACGGGUGGCAGUCAAUAACACAUCUAUCCUGGGCCAGUUUAUCCCCGCCGGUACGGAGAUCGUAAUCUCCCCACGUGCGCUGAAUGUGUCGCGAGAAUUGUGGGGCGACGAUGCGGCUAUCUUCAACCCUGAGCGAUGGCUCGGACCGAACCGAGCCAAUACUGGUGGGGGACAGACCAAUUUUUCCUUCAUGACUUUUCUUCAUGGCCCGCGGUCUUGCAUAGGGCAAGCUUUCGCUCGUGGUGAGUUUGCCAGUCUACUUGCGGCGCUGGUGGGUUCUUUUGAGAUGUCCCUAGCUCAGGAUCCAGAGGUCAUCAUCGAGUCUGGGCUGACCUCUCGACCCAAGGGAGGAUUGCUUGUACGGUUCCGUCCUGUGUGA